CACUGUUGUGUAACGAGGUUAUGGUUAAAAAGAAGAGCGCUGCAGUUUCUUAAUGUUUACACUGAGAGCAGAGGACAGAAAUCGGUUGCAGGUAGAGAACAAAGUUUUUCCACCAUGGAGGCUGCUGGUGACCUCCUGAAUGUCAUCAACAUGGAGGCCAGCAGAAUAUCAGUGACAGUCGGACUGUUCCUCAUUUUCCUGUGUCUCCUUUACUGGUAUUCAGUCUACCCGUUCUCAGUUCUCGCUCGGUGUGGAAUCAAACAUCCCAAGCCAGUGCCUUUUUUUGGCAACAUAUUCCAUUUCCGUGAGGGUUUUUUCAGACCUCUCACUGAACUUAUAAAAGCACAUGGCAGAGUGUGUGGGUAUUAUUUGGGCCGCCGACCCGUGGUGGUGGUGGCCGACCCCGACAUGCUCAGAUCAGUGAUGGUCAGGGAUUUCACCAGCUUCCCUAACAGAAUGAAAUUUUCAUUUGCCACCAAGCCCACAACGGACUCCCUGCUCAUGCUGAGGAACGAACGGUGGAAAAGGGUCCGGAGUAUUUUGACCCCGUCCUUCAGUGCUGCCAAGAUGAAAGAAAUGGUUCCGCUCAUCAACACGGCUGCUAAUGCUCUGAUGAAGAACCUGAAGGUUCAUGCUGACUCAGGGAAUUCCUUUGACAUCCACAAUUGUUUUGGCUGUUUUACCAUGGAUGUCAUCGCCAGCGUGGCGUUUGGCACUCAGAUCGACUCUCAGAACAACCCAGACGAUCCGUUUGUCCGCCACGCUCAGCUGUUCUUCUCCUUCUCUUUCUUCAGGCCUCUCAUGUUGUUUUUCAUUGCUUUUCCCAAAAUCAUGGCUCCCAUUGCGAGAUUCAUCCCAAACAAAAGGCGAGACCAGAUGAACGGCUUCUUCAUCAGCAUCAUUCAGAAGAUCAUACAGCAGAGAGAAGAGCAGCCUCCCAGUCAGCGGCGUCGGGAUUUCCUCCAGCUGAUGCUGGACGCUCGAACCAGCAAAGAGAGCCUCCCUUUGGAGCACUUCGACACAGGGAACCCCUCGGAGGAGCUGGCAUCCUGCUCGGAUCAGGAAAACGGAUCGGCUCACCAGGAGGAGUCGUCGGCCAGGCGUCCGCUGAGGAAGAUGAUGACGGAGGACGAGGUGGUUGGCCAGGCCUUCGUCUUCCUCCUGGCGGGAUACGAGACCAGCAGCAACACGCUGGGCUUCACCUGCUACCUGCUGGCCAUCAACCCCGACUGCCAGCGCAGAGUUCAGGACGAGGUCGAUGAAUUCUUCACCAGACAUGAUUCACCGGAUUACUCAAACGUCCAGGAACUGAAGUACCUGGACAUGGUCGUGUGUGAAGCUCUGCGGCUCUACCCGCCUGGCUUCAGGUUUGCUCGAGAAAUUGACCAUGACUGUGUGGUGAACGGCCAGAUUCUCCCCAAAGGAGCGACUCUGGAGAUCCCAGCAGGAUUCCUGCACUACGACCCGGAUCACUGGACCGAGCCGGACCGGUUCAUCCCCGAAAGGUUUACACCGGAAGCGAAGGCGAGUCGUCACCCCUUCGUCUACCUGCCGUUCGGCGCCGGGCCGCGGAACUGUGUGGGGAUGAGGCUGGCCCAGCUGGAGAUCCGGAUGGCUUUGGUCCAUUUGUUCCACAGGUUCAACAUCGAGGCCUGCUCCGCGACCAAGGUUCCUCUUGACCUGAAAUCCUUCAGCACUCUGGGACCCAAAGAUGGCAUUUAUGUGAAAAUAACUCACAGAGGAGAAGCACAGAAAGAUUCUCCAUCAGAUGAUUAGAAGCUCAGCUGUCAUCCUUCUGCACAAUAGAAAUGUGACAAAUAAUAACAGCCUGGCAUUUUACCUGUUAAAUUUACAAUAGUGUCAGUAGUUUAUAAAACUUUAAAUUCAAUGGUUACUGAAAGUUGAAAAUGUUGCAAUGUUGUUUAUGUAAAAUGAACUUGGGUCCAACAACUCGUCACAUCUAAUCAACGUUCUGAUGGAUCCACAGUUGAUAGAUUCUGCUUUAGAAUUAAUUCUAGCCCUGCCAUAAUUAUUUUAAAUUUAAAAUGUGCUAGCUCUCUCAAACAUGGCGGACCAUAAUAUGAGUUACUGAUGACAUACACAUUUUUCUUGAUGUAAGAGAUAUUUCGGAUCUACCUGUGUUCUUUACAUACAUUUUGUAAAAUGUUGGAAUUGAAACAUUUGGUGACCUCUCUGUGAAGUUUAUUAUCUUAAAAGGAAAACAUUUGCACAAUAGGAGGGAUUUACUUUUGAUUCAUUAAAAUGUUCUUGGUCAACAAGAUGCACUGGAAAGAAAUUACUCCUUGCAGUACUUGGAUCAGUUUAAAAGAUGAUUUACCUGAUGUUGUUUUGUUAUUUCUGUCAUAUCUGUACUUGUCCUCUAAUUUAUUUUUUACUCUUAUUAAAGCAAGAGAUUAAUUCAGAGUUUACUGAAAAUGCUCAUGAGCAUGUUUUUUGCAUUUUCUGCAAAAAUUGUUUCUAUUUGUGAACUUAUUUUAGACUUUACCACCAGAUGGCGCCAGAUUAUUACAGAACCGCAGCAGCUG